CUCAGCACCACUUCCUAAGCUUUUGUCACACAAUUUUACUAUUCUUCUCUCAAAAGACACUGGUGAAACACCAAAACUUUACACAAAAUAAGUAACACAUACACAAAGACACAAUCUCAUAAUGGAAGACUUCAGAGACCCUCUCGGCGGAGAAUACGCAACCGUCAUCCUCACCGGCAGCACAGGCUCCAUCGGCUCAUACCUGCUCGACGCCCUUCUAGACCAGUGGCACGUCCGCAAGAUCUACUGCCUCAACCGCGCCGAAGAUGGCGAGGCCGCUCAGACAAAGGCCAGCGGCUCGCGGGGUCUGGACACGGACUGGAUCGAGCCGAGAAUCGAGUUUCUGCGCGCAGACCUGUCGCAGCCGGAUCUUGGCCUGAACCCAAUAAAGUAUGAUGAGAUGCUUGAGAGGACGACACAUAUUAUUCACUCUCAAUGGCCAGUCAACUUCAACUGGGACCUCUCAACUUUCGAACCACACAUCCAAGGCGUGAGGCGUCUGCUGGACUUUUCCCACGCCAGCCCCAAGAAAGCCCAGCUAUUGUUCCUCUCAACUACCGGCAGCGUCAGCCAUCUCUCGUCCUCCAAGCCUGUUCCAGAGCGCCCCUGCGAUGUCCUGUCGCCAGAUCUCAACGGCUACAACGCAUCAAAGCUCAUCAGCGAGCUGAUUAUCGAAGAUGAGGUCAGGUCGACUGGUGAGGGCAACGCCGCCAUCUGCCGCGUGGGACAAGUCUCAGGGCCGGUGGAGAAGGAAGGCGGCGUGUGGAACAAACAGGAAUGGGUUCCAACCAUGAUUGCCUCUUCAAAGCGCAUUGGUUUCCUCCCGUCGGACCUCGGAGCUCUGGACAGCAUCUCCUGGAUCCCAGUCGACAUCCUCGCCGAUGUCAUCCUGGAACUUGCAGGUAUCAUCCAGAAGCCAGAAGAGUUGCCAAGCGGCAAGUCAGUCAACGGCGUAAACAAACAGUCAGAAUACAAGAGCCACGCCACCGUUUAUCACGCAACCAACCCUCACUCCAUCCCUUGGGCAGACUUAGUCCCCACAGUCGCAGACGCACUGCACAUCCCAUCAGACAAGAUUGUGCCGUGGGCGGAAUGGGUCAGCGCGCUGCGUUCUUCAGCGGAGGGCAAUGAAGAUCCAGAGGCGAACACCGGCCUUAAGCUACUAGAUUACUUUGAGUCUCUUGGCGGCGUGGAAGACGGCCAGGGUGUCAUGCCAACUCUUGCGACAGAGUUGUCAAAGCGCCAGAGUGAGACUCUGGCGUCUCUGGAUCCAGUGGGACCAGAAUGGAUGAAGCUGUGGUUGAAGCAGUGGGCGUUGUAA